AUGAAUUCACAGCUUUUAACAAAAGAAUCUCGAAAAUCUUUUCAUGAUUUUAUAUACGCAUCAGUUCCCAUAAAAUAUGGAUUACUAAGUAACAAAGUAAAAUUACAUGUGCUACCUCAUUAUAAAAAUCCCAAUUAUUUUACACAUCAAAUAUCAUAUAGUACAAAAACGGACGCUUACUAUGAGAAUGAUCUUAAUGAGAUGUCAUUUUUAAUUAAAGAUUCGGGAUUUUUAAAAUACUGGCGUUCUGGAAUGUUAGAUUACGAAAUGGUUGGAAAGAAAUGGGAAGAAAAAGAGAAUAGAUUGUAUUUAGCAAAGGAUCCUCGAAAAAUUGAACCAAGUCAAUUAGAACUUCCAGCAUCAGCCAUUUGGAAAUUCGAUUAUAGACCAGCAGAAUUAGUUAUUUCUACUCUCAACAUAAAACUUCAGAAUAGAACCUAUAAUAUUACACAAAGAAAACAAAUGACAAUAGAAUGGUCGAUCUCACCUUUACCUACUAGAAAAAACCCAAAUCCUAUUUGGAGCCUAAUUGACAUUGAAUCAUCAUCGCAAUCAUAUACAGAGGAUGAUUGGAGCACAAGCAUAAACAUUACGAAGUAUGUGAAAGGAGAAUAUGGAUUUUUGUUACAAGCUUACAUGAGUGGUCCGAUGGUAAAACUUUGGAGGAAUAAGGAAAUGUUUAAUCAUUCAUGUGGUGAUAACGGGCCAAGUUUUGGAAUGAAUUUGAAUAUUGUUUUGAAAAGAGAAAAAGACGUAAAAUAUGGUAUAUUACCAAAGAUAGAUACCAAUGAAGAAAAGAUGAUGUUGAAUGACAAAAGCUCAAGUGAUUUUAUCAUUACUAUUGAUAACUCUGAUAAGAACAUGGACAUUGGUUUGCAAGAAAGUUCAGAUACAUUCUAUGUUCAUUCCAAAGUUUUAUCACCUAGAUCUGAUUAUUUCUACGCGUUAUUUAACUCAAAAAUGAUGGAAUCAAAUGACAAGUCACUUUUGCUCAAAGAUAUAUCUCAAAAUAUUUUUAAAACAAUUCUUGAAUAUUUAUAUACAGGAAAUAUUAAUAAUGUUACGACAAUGGAAGAGUUUUUAAUUCCUUCAUUAACCCAAUUAUGUGAAAGAAAUCUUGUGGGGUUUGUCAAUGAACACAAUGUGGAGGAGUUUACAAAUAUUGCAAUGGUGUGUGGUGCUCAACGACUGCUAAAACAUUGUGAACUUUUGGAAGUCAAAACUGAUAAUGGAUUUGGUAAAUAUGAUAAUGAUGUGGACAAAAAGAAAAAUGAAGUGAAGAAACUUGGGUCACGACCAUUACUUGCAAAAAUGAGAUCAAUGAGAUCACUCGUUACAUGA